AUGACUCCCGUCUCUGCCUUUGUCGGACCCGAUCGCAAUGCGAUAUUUCAUCCAUUUCCCCGGCUACCCUUAGAAAUUCGACGGAUGAUCUGGAGAGCUGCACUUUCUGGACCGAGAAAUGUGGCGCUGAAACGUUUUUGUUUGAGGAAUCCCGAGUAUCCUAUCGUUCGCCCUGCAGCUGGCGCACUUUCCUUGACUAGGAUUCAGGAGCCAUUAGAGGGGUUGCGUCCAGAGACUCAAAUCCAACAAUUUUCUACACUUGCAGGGAAUCAUUAG